AUGCAGAUCUGGACAUGGCGUUUCUAUAGCAUUUUCUUUAUUACCUUCUGCACGUUGUAUGUAUACGCUCAACAGCACAAACAAGAUUUUAAAUUGCAGCCAAUUCAUGAUGCUGAUUUUAUAACUACUGAAAAAAAAACUCAUUUGGCUGGCAUCAGAGUUGAGGGAUUACCAUCUGAAGAUAAUGGUUUUGUUGGUUAUAACGAUAAAGAAGUGUCAAUAGUACAACCAGAUGUUCCUGUACGCGUUGUAAUUUUUGGUUUUGGAAUGGAUGACAUAGCAUUGGUUGUUUUCACUCGAACAUCAAAUAAUUGUUCCAUGUCUGAAAUUGAAAUAACGCAACCAGACUUCACCAUUCAGACCGAAAAACGCGUGGUUGUUAAAGCAGCAUUUCCCGAUUCAGCAGAUCUCUAUUACGUAUGUGUGAAGCAAAAGCCGAAAGAAAAUUUGCAAGGUGAAGAGAUUGAGCAAAAUUUUGCUAUACUCAAUGAUUUACGUGCUACAAUAUCAACUGAGAUCCCGCCACGUCGAUACUACUUACCCAUGGGCAUUCAAAUUGUGUUGAUUUGCUGCCUCUUUGUACUGUCGGGGUUAUUUUCGGGUUUAAAUCUUGGUUUGAUGGCACUAACACCACAAGAACUAAUGUUAAUACAGAAAUCCGGUUCAAAAAAAGAACGUGCAUAUGCAGAAGUGAUACUUCCUGUUCGACGUUCUGGGAAUCUCUUACUCUGUGCCUUACUUAUCGGGAAUGUUUGUGUAAAUUCUGCCAUUUCUAUACUUUUCGAUGAUCUCACCAGUGGUUAUGUUGCUCUGAUAACCUCUUCUGCAGGAAUUGUAAUUUUUGGCGAAAUCUUCCCGCAGAGUCUUUGUGUCAAGAAAGGACUUGCUGUUGGAGCUCGAACCAUUUGGGUAACUCGCUUUUUCAUGGUGCUCACAUUUCCUUUAGCUUAUCCAAUUAGCAAGAUAUUGGAUAUUUUAUUAGGCGAUGAAGUAAUAUCAUAUGAUCGUAAGCGAUUGAUGGAACUUAUUAAGAUGUCAACUCGAGAUGAGGCAUUAGCUGAGGAAUUGAAAAUUGCUGUUGGUGCCAUGGAAAUAGCUGAUAAAACAGUCAAAGACGUGAUGACGAAAAUUGAUGAUGUGUUCAUGCUUCCUGACACUACGGUUUUAAAUACUAAGACUGUUGCGGAAAUAUUGCGUAUGGGAUACACUCGAAUACCAGUUUAUUCCGGUAACAGAAACACGGUGAUAUCUUUAUUGUUUGUCAAGGAUUUGGCACUUCUCGAUCCAGAUGAUAAUUUUACUAUUCAAACAGUUUGUGGUUUUCAUGAGCAUCCAUUACGUUUUGUUAUGCAAGAUACGCCAUUACGCGUAAUGCUUGAGGAAUUUAAAAAGGGAGAUUACCAUCUUGCGAUGGUGCAGCAGAUUGUAGAUAUAGAAGGGACAGAUCCAAUUUAUGAGCUUGCUGGGAUUGUAACUCUGGAGGACAUUGUAGAAGAAAUACUUCAAGCCGAAAUAGUUGAUGAAACAGACGUUGUUAUGGAUAACGUUCAUAGAAUUCGUCGACGUAAUGCUCAAGCUGUAGAUUUGGCAGCAUGUCUAUUAGAAGAAGAUGGUCCGUCUCGCAUUAUAUCGGUACAAAUGCAGUUAGUAACAAUGCAGUGGUUAGCUACCAAUCAGCAUGCCUUUAAUCCUGAUCUCAUUUCUUCGAAUGUUCUUGAAAAACUGAUUAAGCAGCACGUUCGACGGGUCGAGUUUUCCCAUUUGCCUGAUAUGAACGACCCUAAAACUGUAAUACCACGCACUGCAAAGCUUUAUACUAAACAAGAGCCGUCUGAAAGAUUCAUAUUAAUCCUGGAAGGCAGAGCAAUGGUCACAAUCGGACAGAAUGAAAUGACCUUUGAAGCUGGUCCUUGGCAUUGUUUCGGUGCUGAGUUUUUGGAACAACUAGUAACAGUUGCUCAACAACAAUAUGGUACUGCAGCUGCACAAAUUCAGCAGCAUGGUAGUGGAGGACAAGUAGCAUUUUCCCGCAAUUCCUUGAGCACAUCUGGUGUUUCGCCAUCAGAACCAGUGAAAAAAAAUCUGAUCUCGUUUACACCCGAUUUUUCCGCCAUUGUACGAGAUGAUUGUACCUAUCUGGAAAUCACUGCCCAAACUUAUCUGCUGGCUUAUAAAUCAACACUGAUUUCGAAAGGAAGCAGGUCUCGUGAAAAAAUUCCUCAUCGUUUUACUGUAGCUAACUUACAAGCACUAGAUCAUGAGUUAGGGUAUCAAAGACAGCAUCAGAAAGAAGCGGUAAGGUUCCAUCUGAUCGAUUCUAAUGAGGAUUGCAAAGGGGAACAGGUACAAAGCGACAGUAAACGAGAGCAUUUGUUGCUUCACCGUUAUCAUCGUUCUCCUGUUUCGCUGCAGUCCUUUCGAGCUAGAAGUGGUAGCUUAACAUAUUGA